ACAAAAGAGUGAAUGAUUAUGCUAGGAAUCAGACAAAGACUGGUGGACAGUUUGGUAAAGUGAAGCCAAAUAUGGAGAUUGUGCUGGCAGCCAUGAGGGACAAGGCCAAGCAUUGGGUCCAUGGCCAGGAGACAGAGACUGGGGCAUCUGAGCAACUGCUUUCAAAUAAGGCAGCCUGCUUCUGGACAUGGGAAAGCCAGAGGAGGAAAAGGAGGUUGAGGCGGAGCCUCAAGCUAAUCUGGGGCACCAUUGCCAUCCAGGGUAGAUGGGGUCUAGUUGAUUGUGUAGGACGCCAAGAUGACACCCAGCAUAAGAGAAGAGAAGGUGCUCUAGCUGUUAUGACCAGCACACCAAUUACCAGGAGCAUGGAUCUGCAGCAAGUUCAGCAGGAGACGCUCAGAAUGCAGCAAGCUAUGCUGCAAACAUUUAAAAUCAUCCAUGUUGAUUUUUGUAAUUAUCCACAAUUGUUUGCAGCAGUUUGUUAAUGGAAAUCUGUAGUAACAUUGAACAAUGCAACUUCCUCUGCAUUUUUUUUUAACUGGAAACCUGUUGAAUAUUGUUUUUAGAAUAUGAAGUAAAU